UUUGACGGUUUGGUAGCACUUGAUAAAACACCAGAAGUACAUAGAAUAUUGUGUGUGAAUAUUGUAUUCAUACGAAAAAAGUGUUGAAGACUGUUGAUGUUGUAACAGUAUAAAAAAUUCCUCAAACAUUUUUGAGGAAUACUUCCGAGGUGGACAUAAAUCCGUGUCGUUCUGGCGUCAUUGGGCCGAUUGUGGGGAGAACGCUGCUGUUAUUGCAGGAGAGGCUUGUGUCUCCACGAAUCUAAAUUCGUGCCUUUCCGCUAAACAAGCAACAGACACCAAAAAUCUAACGCACAACAAAAAUGGGUGAUGAGUUUGAUGGUUGCGAGUGCGUUUGGUCGCAUGAGUUCGCUAUGCAGCGGCUUUUGGCGAUGAUACGUCAGAGUCAAAAUCAUUGCACCGACGUAGAAUGCAUUGACGUAUCUGGUCGUGUGCGAGAAACUACCACUGGGAGUGGUAAUGAAGAGUCCACUUUGAUUAUGACGACAAUGUUUAUGCUCUUCGCUGUGCUUAUGUAUUUUAUAAGGCCCGAAUCGAUUAGGAAAUACACAAAGCGACAUUCACAAAGGCAAGAUUCUAAUGGCGGUUUGCCACCACCGCCGCCACCACCGGCACCGGCAGCAAUCAAUUAAUAUUGGCAUUUGGAUGGGCGGAAACCCUUAAGCAUAUACUUUUUGUCUGUCAAUUGUAAUUCAACACGAUUAAGUUAACGCUCUUUUCUUUAUUUUCCUCCAAAUCUAGUUUCAAAUAAUAUUUUCCAUGCAAAAUUGUU